GUUUAGUCGAAGUUGAAGAAGAAGACACUGUAAACAUUACGUCACGAGGGCCGAGAAGGGAUUGCGUUCACCGUCUAGCUUCCAAGGUGGUGUCUGAUGGUGGAUGAGGUGGCAGCAGAACACAGGGUGAUGGUGUAGUGACAGGGUGCCAGGGUGAGGAGGACAGGUGCGGUGCUAGCUGAGGGGCGUGGGAUGUGGCGCUGGACGACCCACCUGGACGGAGGGCCGCGGAGGGUGAACCAUGCUGCCGUCUCCGUGGGACACAAGGUGUACUCCUUCGGAGGGUACUGCUCUGGAGACGACUACGAGACGCUGAGACAGAUAGACGUGCACAUCUUUAACACAGUUUCUCUGCGGUGGAUGAAGUUGCCUCCAGUGAGAACAGGGGGUAGGGAACAUGCCAGGGAUGUCCCCUACAUGCGUUACGGUCACACAGCCGUGCUGCUGGAAGAUACCAUCUACAUCUGGGGGGGUCGUAACGACACGGAGGGGGCCUGCAACGUCCUCUAUGCCUUCCACGUCAACAACCACCGGUGGUUCACCCCUAAGAUUUCUGGGACGGUUCCGGGAGCGAGAGACGGCCACUCAGCCUGCAUCCUGGGGAAGGCCAUGUACAUCUUUGGAGGGUAUGAGCAGCUGGCUGACUGCUUCUCUAAUGACAUUCACAAGCUGGACACCACCACCAUGGCCUGGUCACUAGUCAACGCAAGGGGUACUCCAGCUCGUUGGAGGGACUUCCACUCUGCCACCAUCGUUGGCACUAAGAUGUUUGUGUUUGGAGGCAGAGCAGAUCGCUUCGGUCCGUUCCACUCUAAUAAUGAGAUCUACUGCAACAAGAUAAAGGUGUUUGAUACAGAGACCAACAGCUGGCUGAACACUGCUACUACCCAGCUCCUACCAGAGGGACGACGUAGCCACUCAGCCUUUUCCUACAACGAGGAGCUGUAUAUAUUCGGGGGCUACAACGCUCGUCUGGACCGACACUUCAACGACCUCUGGAGGUUCAACCCAGAGGCGUUCUCAUGGAAGAAGGUGGAGCCUCAGGGUAAAGGUCCGUGCCCCAGGAGGAGACAGUGCUGCUGCUUGGUGGGAGAUCGUAUCAUCCUGUUUGGAGGAACCAGCCCAUGUCUAGAACAGGGGAUGGGAGAUGAGUUCAACCUCAUGGAUCAUUCAGACAUCUACAUACUAGACUUCAGUCCUAAUCUGAAGACAUUAUGCAAGCUAGCUGUUAUUAACUACAGUCUGGACCAGCAGGGACUACCACACGACAUCAGGUGGGAGCUGAACGCCAUGACGACCAACAGUAACAUCAGUAGACCCAUCUUCUCCUCUCACGGCUAAUCUGGACUGGUACCCUCCCCAGUACCAGAACACCAGGGCUGAACUGACCCAGAGAUACCACAGUACCAGGGCUGAACUGACCCAGAGAUACCACAGUACCAGAACACCAGGGCUGAACGGAACCAGAGAUACCACAGUACCAGAACACCAGGGCUGAACUGACCCAGAGAUACCACAGUACCAGAACACCAGGGCUGAACUGACCCAGAGAUACCACAGUACCAGGGCUGAACGGACCCAGAGAUACCACAGUACCAGAACACCAGGGCUGAACUGACCCAGAGAUACCACAGUACCAGAACACCAGGGCUGAACUGACCCAGAGAUACCACAGUACCAGAACUCCAGGGCUGAACUGACCCAGAGAUACCACAGUACCAGAACACCAGGGCUGAACUGACCCAGAGAUACCACAGUACCAGAACACCAGGGCUGAACAGACCCAGAGAUACCACAGUACCAGAACACCAGGGCUGAACGGACCCAGAGAUACCACAGUACCAGAACACCAGGGCUGAACUGACCCAGAGAUACCACAGUACCAGAACACCAGGGCUGAACUGACCCAGAGAUACCACAGUACCAGAACACCAGGGCUGAACUGACCCAGAGAUACCACAGUACCAGGGCUGAACGGACCCAGAGAUACCACAGUACCAGGGCUGAACUGACCCAGAGAUACCACAGUACCAGAACACCAGGGCUGAACUGACCCAGAGAUACCACAGUACCAGGGCUGAACUGACCCAGAGAUACCACAGUACCAGAACACCAGGGCUGAACUAACCCAGAGAUACCACAGUACCAGAACACCAGGGCUGAACUGACCCAGAGAUACCACAGUACCAGAACUCUACUCUCUCUUCCUGUUGUCUCUCUCUUCCUGUUGUCUCUCUCUUGCUGUUGUCUAAUUAAAAUCAUUGUUCUCCCAGUUCACCACAUCUUCUCUAUUUUAACCCCUGGACACUGACAGGAGGGGUUCUAUUGGUGCUGAAUGGUGCUGAAUGGUGCUUUAGUCUCUGGGUUCGUGUUACUCACAAAUCAAUGAGAAUCACUUUGAUUGUUUUACCAGUGUUGUAAUGAGCAGAGCAUAUUCUCCCUGAUUGUUUUACCAGUGUUAUAAUGAGCAGAACAUAUUCUCCCUGAUUGUUUUACCAGUGUUAUAAUGAGCAGAGCAUAUUCUCCCUGAUUGUUAUAAUGAGCAGAACAUAUUCUCCCUGAUUGUUAUAAUGAGCAGAACAUAUUCUCCCUGAUUGUUAUAAUGAGCAGAGCAUAUUCUCCCUGAUUGUUAUACCAGUGUUUUAAUGAGCAGAACAUAUUCUCCCUGAUUGUUAUAAUGAGCAGAGCAUAUUCUCCCUGAUUGUUAUAAUGAGCAGAACAUAUUCUCCCUGAUUGUUAUAAUGAGCAGAGCAUAUUCUCCCUGAUUGUUUUACCAGUGUUAUAAUGAGCAGAGCAUAUUCUCCCUGAUUGUUAUAAUGAGCAGAGCAUAUUCUCCCUGAUUGUUAUAAUGAGCAGAACAUAUUCUCCCUGAUUGUUAUAAUGAGCAGAACAUAUUCUCCCUGAUUGUUAUAAUGAGCAGAGCAUAUUCUCCCUGAUUGUUAUACCAGUGUUUUAAUGAGCAGAACAUAUUCUCCCUGAUUGUUAUAAUGAGCAGAGCAUAUUCUCCCUGAUUGUUUUACCAGUGUUAUAAUGAGCAGAGCAUAUUCUCCCUGAUUGUUUUACCAGUGUUAUAAUGAGCAGAGCAUAUUCUCCCUGAUUGUUAUAAUGAGCAGAGCAUAUUCUCCCUGAUUGUUUUACCAGUGUUAUAAUGAGCAGAGCAUAUUCUCCCUGAUUGUUUUACCAGUGUUAUACUGAGCAGAGCAUAUUCUCCCUGAUUGUUUUACCAGUGUUAUAAUGAGCAGAGCAUAUUCUCCCUGAUUGUUAUAAUGAGCAGAGCAUAUUCUCUCUGAUUGUUUUACCAGUGUUAUAAUGAGCAGAGCAUAUUCUCCCUGAUUGUUAUAAUGAGCAGAGCAUAUUCUCCCUGAUUGUUAUAAUGAGCAGAGCAUAUUCUCCCUGGUUGUUUUACCAGUGUUAUAAUGAGCAGAGCAUAUUCUCCCUGAUUGUUUUAACAGUGUUAUAAUGAGCAGAGCAUAUUCUCCCUGAUUGUUUUACCAGUGUUAUAAUGAGCAGAGCAUAUUCUCCCUGAUUGUUUUACCAGUGUUAUAAUGAGCAGAGCAUAUUCUCCCUGAUUGUUUUACCAGUGUUAUAAUGAGCAGAGCAUAUUCUCCCUGAUUGUUUUACCAGUGUUAUAAUGAGCAGAACAUAUUCUCCCCGAUUGUUAUAAUGAGCAGAGCAUAUUCUCCCUGAUUGUUAUAAUGAGCAGAACAUAUUCUCCCUGAUUGUUAUAAUGAGCAGAGCAUAUUCUCCCUGAUUGUUAUAAUGAGCAGAGCAUAUUCUCCCUGGUUGUUUUACCAGUGUUAUAAUGAGCAGAGCAUAUUCUCCCUGAUUGUUUUACCAGUGUUAUAAUGAGCAGAGCAUAUUCUCCCUGAUUGUUAUAAUGAGCAGAGCAUAUUCUCCCUGAUUGUUAUAAUGAGCAGAGCAUAUUCUCCCUGAUUGUUAUAAUGAGCAGAGCAUAUUCUCCCUGAUUGUUAUAAUGAGCAGAGCAUAUUCUCUCUGAUUGUUUUACCAGUGUUAUAAUGAGCAGAGCAUAUUCUCCCUGAUUGUUAUAAUGAGCAGAGCAUAUUCUCUCUGAUUGUUUUACCAGUGUUAUAAUGAGCAGAGCAUAUUCUCCCUGAUUGUUAUAAUGAGCAGAGCAUAUUCUCCCUGAUUGUUAUAAUGAGCAGAGCAUAUUCUCCCUGGUUGUUUUACCAGUGUUAUAAUGAGCAGAGCAUAUUCUCCCUGAUUGUUUUAACAGUGUUAUAAUGAGCAGAGCAUAUUCUCCCUGAUUGUUUUACCAGUGUUAUAAUGAGCAGAGCAUAUUCUCCCUGAUUGUUUUACCAGUGUUAUAAUGAGCAGAGCAUAUUCUCCCUGAUUGUUUUACCAGUGUUAUAAUGAGCAGAGCAUAUUCUCCCUGAUUGUUUUACCAGUGUUAUAAUGAGCAGAACAUAUUCUCCCCGAUUGUUAUAAUGAGCAGAGCAUAUUCUCCCUGAUUGUUAUAAUGAGCAGAACAUAUUCUCCCUGAUUGUUAUAAUGAGCAGAGCAUAUUCUCCCUGAUUGUUAUAAUGAGCAGAGCAUAUUCUCCCUGGUUGUUUUACCAGUGUUAUAAUGAGCAGAACAUAUUCUCCCUGAUUGUUAUAAUGAGCAGAGCAUAUUCUCCCUGAUUGUUAUAAUGAGCAGAGCAUAUUCUCCCUGAUUGUUAUAAUGAGCAGAGCAUAUUCUCCCUGAUUGUUAUAAUGAGCAGAGCAUAUUCUCCCUGAUUGUUAUAAUGAGCAGAACAUAUUCUCCCUGAUUGUUAUAAUGAGCAGAGCAUAUUCUCCCUGAUUGUUUUACCAGUGUUAUAAUGAGCAGAACAUAUUCUCCCUGAUUGUUAUAAUGAGCAGAGCAUAUUCUCCCUGAUUGUUUUACCAGUGUUAUAAUGAGCAGAACAUAUUCUCCCUGAUCGUUAUAAUGAGCAGAGCAUAUUCUCCCUGAUUGUUAUAAUGAGCAGAGCAUAUUCUCCCUGAGUGUUUUACCAGUGUUAUAAUGAGCAGAGCAUAUUCUCCCUGAUUGUUAUAAUGAGCAGAGCAUAUUCUCCCUGAUUGUUAUAAUGAGCAGAGCAUAUUCUCCCUGAGUGUUUUACCAGUGUUAUAAUGAGCAGAGCAUAUUAUCCCUGAUUGUUAUAAUGAGCAGAGCAUAUUAUCCCUGAUUGUUUUACCAGUGUUAUAAUGAGCAGAGCAUAUUCUCCCUGAUUGUUUUACCAGUGUUAUAAUGAGCAGAGCAUAUUCUCCCUGAUUGUUUUACCAGUGUUAUAAUGAGCAGAACAUAUUCUCCCUGAUUGUUUUACCAGUGUUAUAAUGAGCAGAGCAUAUUCUCCCUGAUUGUUAUAAUGAGCAGAACAUAUUCUCCCUGAUUGUAAUAAUGAGCAGAGCAUAUUCUCCCUGAUUGUUAUAAUGAGCAGAGCAUAUUCUCCCUGAUUGUUUUACCAGUGUUAUAAUGAGCAGAGCAUAUUCUCCCUGAUUGUUAUAAUGAGCAGAGCAUAUUCUCCCUGAUUGUUAUAAUGAGCAGAGCAUAUUCUCCCUGAUUGUUAUAAUGAGCAGAACAUAUUCUCCCUGAUUGUUAUAAUGAGCAGAACAUAUUCUCCCUGAUUGUUAUAAUGAGCAGAGCAUAUUCUCCCUGAUUGUUAUAAUGAGCAGAACAUAUUCUCCCUGAUUGUUUUACCAGUGUUAUAAUGAGCAGAACAUAUUCUCCCUGAUUGUUAUAAUGAGCAGAGCAUAUUCUCCCUGAGUGUUAUACCAGUGUUAUAAUGAGCAGAGCAUAUUCUCCCUGAGUGUUAUACCAGUGUUAUAAUGAGCAGAGCAUAUUCUCCCUGAUUGUUAUAAUGAGCAGAGCAUAUUCUCCCUGAUUGUUAUAAUGAGCAGAACAUAUUCUCCCUGAUUGUUAUAAUGAGCAGAGCAUAUUCUCCCUGAUUGUUAUACCAGUGUUAUAAUGAGCAGAGCAUAUUCUCCCUGAUUGUUAUAAUGAGCAGAGCAUAUUCUCCAUGAGUGUUAUAAUGAGCAGAGCAUAUUCUCCCUGAGUGUUAUACCAGUGUUAUAAUGAGCAGAGCAUAUUCUCCAUGAGUGUUAUAAUGAGCAGAGCAUAUUCUCCCUGAGUGUUAUACCAGUGUUAUAAUGAGCAGAGCAUAUUCUCCAUGAGUGUUAUAAUGAGCAGAGCAUAUUCUCCCUGAGUGUUAUACCAGUGUUAUAAUGAGCAGAGCAUAUUCUCCAUGAGUGUUAUAAUGAGCAGAGCAUAUUCUCCCUGAUUGUUUUACCAGUGUUAUAAUGAGCAGAGCAUAUUCUCCAUGAUUGUUAUACCAGUGUUAUAAUGAGCAGAGCAUAUUCUCCAUGAGUGUUAUACCAGUGUUAUAAUGAGCAGAGCAUAUUUUUCACUCAACACUGAUUUAUCUUUUUUUAAUUGCAAAGAUAAUGCUGACAUGUUCUUGUUUUCUCUCCUCUCUUCUCUCUGACUGAUCAGAUCUAUAGUGAUUAUCAUGUUUUUAAAGGGGAAAUCCACCAUUAGAAAAGUAUCUCAGUGGUUACACAGCUCACAUUGGGAAAGUUUUGUUAUUCAUCAGGAGUUCUGUCAUCUCUUCUCUCUGUGGAACAACUGGACGCCACAAAAAUGUCUUCUACCUGACAGAAUGCCUCCAACUAACCCCUAUAGUUUACUGAGAUGAUGCCACCUAGAACAAGUUAACAAAGAUUGUAUCCAUCUCCUGGUUAGUUAUUUAUACAAAAAUACCAGUCACCUUGCUUUUCUUGCUCUGAUUUUACCUAUACUGGCACAGGAGAGUGGACAGAUUACCUAUACUGGCAGAGUGGACAGAUUACCUAUACUGGCAGAGUGGACAGAUUACCUAUACUGGCACAGCAGAGUGGACAGAUUACCUAUACUGGCACAGGAGAGUGGACAGAUUACCUAUACUGGCAGAGUGGACAGAUUACCUAUACUGGCAGAGUGGACAGAUUACCUAUACUGGCACAGCAGAGUGGACAGAUUACCUAUACUGGCAGAGUGGACAGAUUACCUAUACUGGCAGAGUGGACAGAUUACCUAUACUGGCACAGCAGAGUGGACAGAUUACCUAUACUGGCAGAGUGGACAGAUUACCUAUACUGGCAGAGUGGACAGAUUACCUAUACUGGCACAGCAGAGUGGACAGAUUACCUAUACUGGCAGAGUGGACAGAUUACCUAUACUGGCACAGCAGAGUAGACAGAUUACCUAUACUGGCAGAGUGGACAGAUUACCUAUACUGGCACAGCAGAGUGGACAGAUUACCUAUACUGGCAGAGUGGACAGAUUACCUAUACAGGCAGAGUGGACAGAUUACCUAUACUGGCACAGGAGAGUGGACAGAUUACCUAUACUGGCACAGCAGAGUGGACAGAUUACCUAUACUGGCACAGCAGAAUGGACAGAUUACCUAUACUGGCAGAGUGGACAGAUUACCUAUACUGGCAGAGUGGACAGAUUACCUAUACUGGCACAGGAGAGUGGACAGAUUACCUAUACUGGCAGAGUGGACAGAUUACCUAUACUGGCACAGCAGAGUAGACAGAUUACCUAUACUGGCAGAGUGGACAGAUUACCUAUACUGGCACAGCAGAGUGGACAGAUUACCUAUACUGGCAGAGUGGACAGAUUACCUAUACAGGCAGAGUGGACAGAUUACCUAUACUGGCACAGGAGAGUGGACAGAUUACCUAUACUGGCACAGCAGAGUGGACAGAUUACCUAUACUGGCACAGCAGAGUGGACAGAUUACCUAUACUGGCACAGCAGAGGGGACAGAUUACCUAUACUGGCACAGGAGAGUGGACAGAUUACCUAUACUGGCAGAGUGGACAGAUUACCUAUACUGGCACAGCAGAGUGGACAGAUUACCUAUACUGGCACAGCAGAGUGGACAGAUUACCUAUACUGGCACAGCAGAGUGGACAGAUUACCUAUACUGGCACAGCAGAGUGGACAGAUUACCUAUACUGGCACAGCAGAGGGGACAGAUUACCUAUACUGGCACAGCAGAGUGGACAGAUUACCUAUACUGGCACAGCAGAGUGGACAGAUUACCUAUACUGGCACAGCAGAGUGGACAGAUUACCUAUACUGGCACAGCAGAGUGGACAGAUUACCUAUACUGGCAGAGUGGACAGAUUACCUAUACUGGCAGAGUGGACAGAUUACCUAUACUGGCACAGGAGAGUGGACAGAUUACCUAUACUGGCAGAGUGGACAGAUUACCUAUACUGGCACAGCAGAGUAGACAGAUUACCUAUACUGGCAGAGUGGACAGAUUACCUAUACUGGCACAGCAGAGUGGACAGAUUACCUAUACUGGCAGAGUAGACAGAUUACCUAUACUGGCACAGCAGAGUGGACAGAUUACCUAUACUGGCAGAGUAGACAGAUUACCUAUACUGGCACAGCAGAGUAGACAAAUUACCUAUACUGGCACAGCAGAGUGGACAGAUUACCUAUACUGGCAGAGUAGACAGAUUACCUAUACUGGCACAGCAGAGUAGACAAAUUACCUAUACUGGCACAGCAGAGUGGACAGAUUACCUAUACUGGCAGAGUAGACAGAUUACCUAUACUGGCACAGCAGAGUAGACAAAUUACCUAUACUGGCACAGCAGAGUGGACAGAUUACCUAUACUGGCAGAGUAGACAGAUUACCUAUACUGGCACAGCAGAGUAGACAAAUUACCUAUACUGGCACAGCAGAGUGGACAGAUUACCUAUACUGGCAGAGUAGACAGAUUACCUAUACUGGCACAGCAGAGUAGACAAAUUACCUAUACUGGCACAGCAGAGUGGACAGAUUACCUAUACUGGCAGAGUGGACAGAUUACCUAAACUGGCAGAGUGGACAGAUUACCUAUACUGGCACAGGAGAGUGGACAGAUUACCUAUACUGGCAGAGUGGACAGAUUACCUAUACUGGCAGAGUGGACAGAUUACCUAUACUGGCAGAGUGGACAGAUUACCUAUACUGGCACAGGAGAGUGGACAGAUUACCUAUACUGGCAGAGUGGACAGAUUACCUAUACUGUUACAGCAGAGGGGACAGAUUACCUAUACUGGCACAGCAGAGUGGACAGAUUACCUAUACUGGCACAGCAGAGGGGACGGAUUACCUAUACUGGCACAGCAGAGUAGACAGAUUACCUAUACUGGCACAGCAGAGUAGACAGAUUACCUAUACUGGCACAGCAGAGUGGACAGAUUACCUAUACUGGCACAGCAGAGUGGACAGAUUACCUAUACUGGCACAGCAGAGUGGACAGAUUACCUAUACUGGCACAGCAGAGUGGACAGAUUACCUAUACUGGCACAGCAGAGUGGACAGAUUACCUAUACUGGCACAGCAGAGUGGACAGAUUACCUAUACUGGCAGAGUGGACAGAUUACCUAUACUGGCACAGCAGAGUGGACAGAUUACCUAUACUGGCACAGCAGAGUGGACAGAUUACCUAUACUGGCACAGCAGAGUGGACAGAUUACCUAUACUGGCACAGCAGAGUGGACAUAUUACCUAAACUGGCACAGCAGAGUGGACAUAUUACCUAUACUGGCACAGCAGAGUGGACAGAUUACCUAUACUGGCAGAGUGGACAGAUUACCUAUACUGGCACAGCAGAGUGGACAGAUUACCUAUACUGGCACAGCAGAGUGGACAGAUUACCAAUACUGGCACAGCAGAGUGGACAGAUUACCUAUACUGGCACAGCAGAGUGGAAAAUGACCUCCAGCAGGCCACAAAUGUGCAUGUGUCUGCUCAAACGGUCAGAAACAGACUCCAUGAGGGUGGUAUGAGGGCCCGACGUCCACAGGUGGGGGUUGUGCUUACAGCCAAACACCGUGCAGGACGUUUGGCAUUUGCCAGAGAACACCAAGAUUGGCAAAUUCGCCACUGGCGCCCUGUGCUCUUCACAGAUGAAAGCAGGUUCACACUGAGCACGUGACUGAUGUGACAGAGUCUGGAGACGCCGUGGAGAACGUUCUGCUGCCUGCAACAUCCUCCAGCAUGACCGGUUUGGCGAUGGGUCAGUCAUGGUGUGGGGUGGCAUUUCUUUGUGGGGCCGCACAGCCCUCCAUGUGCUCGCCAGAGGUAGCCUGACUGCCAUUAGGUACCGAGAUGAGAUCCUCAGACCCCUUGUGAGACCAUAUGCUGACACAUGCACAUUUGUGGCCUGCUGGAGGUCAUUUUGCAGGGCGCUGGCAGUGCACCUCCUUGCACAAAGGCGGAGGUAGUGGUCCUGCUGCUGGGUUGUUGCACUCCUACGGCCUCCUCCACGUCUCCUGAUGUACUGGCCUGUCUCCUGGUAGCGCCUCCAUGCUCUGGACACUACGCUGACAGACAUAACAAACCUUUUUGCCACAGCUCGCAUUGAUGUGCCAUCCUGGAUGAACUGCACUACCUGAGCCACUUGUGUGGGUUGUAGACUCCGUCUCAUGCUACCACUAGAGUGAGAACACCGCCAGCAUUCAAAAGUGACCAAAACAUCAGCCAGGAAGCAUAGGAACUGAGAAGUGGUCUGUGGUCACCACCUGCAGAAUCACUCCUUUAUUGGGGGUGUCUUGCUAAUUGCCUAUAAUUUCCACCUGUUGUCUAUUCCAUUUGCACAACAGCAUGUGAAAUUUAUUGUCAAUCAGUGUUGCUUCCUAAGUGGACAGUUUGAUUUCACAGAAGUGUGAUUGACUUGGAGUUACAUUGUGUUGUUUAAGUGUUCCCUUUAUUUUUUUGAGCAGUGUACAUUCAGCAGUCCAUUAAUCACUUGGUGUGUGUGUGUGUGUGUGUGUGUGUGUGCGUGUGUGCGUGUGCGUGUGUGUGUGCGUGCUGCGGGGUUGAAGCUACGAACCCAUGGCUUGGUUCUCUUAUCCCUUCCAGGCUUCUGGGAGGGAGGGUGGACAAUGAGCCUGUCAUAGUGGAUGUCCCCACGCGCUCUGGCAGCUUUCAUGGCUGGGAUCAGUUCUAUCCUCUUCUGGCUCACAGCUUCAGGAUAGUCCUCGUUGAGGAAGAUAUACGUUCCUCUCAAGUUCUUGGCUCUUUCCAGAACAGCUACCUUGUCCUUGAACCUCAGGAACUUGACCACUAUUGGCCUGGGCCUGUUACCUGGGCCGGUGGUGGGUUUUACAAUUCUGCGGGCUCGGUCCACCUCAAUCUUCCUGUGGUCCACCUUCAGUUUCUCAGAGAUGAUUUCCCUCACUUUGUCCUCAGACUCUGUCCAGGUCUCAUGUGGAGAUUCUGCAAUUCCGUCCACAACCAUGUUGUUUCGCCUUGAUUGUCCCUCGAGAUAAUUUUUACAUUUACAUUUUAGUCAUUUAGCAGACGCUCUUAUCCAGAGCGACUUACAGUAGAGUGCAUACAUUUUAUUACAUUUUACAUACUGAGACAAGGAUAUCCCUACCGGCCAAACCCUCCCUAACCCGGACUUUAAUUGUGCGUCGCCCCACGGACCUCCCGGUUGCGGCCGGCUGCGACAGAGCCUGGGCGCGAACCCAGAGACUCUGGUGGCGCAGCUAGCACUGCGAUGCAGAUCCCUAGACCACUGCGCCACCCGGGAUAAUCUGAUUUAUCCGUCAUUGUUAUCAUGGAUACACACACAUAACUGAUGUCCUCUCUCAAUGACUUACAGAUUUCUGUCAUCUUGCCGUUCUCCUGUUUCAACUCAUCGACCCUGGGAGAACUGCACACUGGUCUUCAGGUCGUCCAAUCUUUUGUUAGUUGAAUCCACCAGUAUUUGGACAAAACACUUGAAUCUGUGUCAGUGUGUUGUGACAAAACUGAACAUUUUAGAGUGGCCUUUUAUUGUCCCCAACACAAGGUGCACCUGUGUAAUGACCAUGCUGUUUAAUCAGCUUCUUGAUAUGCCACAGCUGUCAGGUGGAUGGAUUUUCUUGGCAAAGGAGAAAUGCUCACUAAUAGGGAUGUAAACAAAUUUGUGCACAAAAUGAGAGAGAAAUAUUUGAGAGAAAUACGUUUUUUGUGCAUAUGGAACAUUUCUGGGAUCUUUUAUUUCAGCUCAUGAAACAUUAGACCAACACUUUACAUGUUGCGUUCAUGUUUUUGUUCCGUGUAUGUUUUGCAUAUAAUGACAAUAAAUUCAAAAAACUA